AUGCACUUCGAGGGUCCGCACAAGGCCAUCGUCGCCGGCUGCAACCUCAUCACCUGGCUCAGCUCCGCCGUCGUCGUCGGCAUCACCGGCCAUUUCCUCGACGACUUCACCCAUGACCAGCAUCUCAUCUUCGAGAUGGUGAUUGCCGCCCUCGUCCUCGCUUUCUGGCUCCCCAGCUUCGUCCUGCCCUUCUGGUCCGGCUACAAGCAGUACUACAGCGCGCCCAACUUCGUCUUCAGCUACCUGUGGCUCACGGCCUUCAUCUUCGCCGCCCAGGACUACAACGAGGCCAACUGCAAGUGGAACGCGCCGACGACCGGCGGCGACUGCAGCAAGAAGCUGACCAAUGAGGCCUUUAUCUUCCUUGCUUUGUAA